CGUCUCCAAACACAGAGGGAAACUCCGCUCACUCGGGCUGCUCUGUGAAAACAUCGAACCAACCCUCCGGUUCCUCCUCAUGACGUACGGAGCCCAGCCAGUCCGCUCGGCUCAGCUCAGCUCGGCUCAGCACAGCUCGGAACCACAGCAACAUGCAGGAUGGCGAGCAUAGAGACAGCCGCCGAACACGAGCGUAUCCUGCGGGAGAUAGAGAGCACAGACACCAACUGUAUCGGACCGACUCUCCGGUCGGUGUACGAUGGUCAGGAACAUGGCCUGUUCAUGGAGAAGCUGGACGUGCGAAUCAGGAACCAUGACAGAGAGAUCGAGAAGAUGUGUAACCAUCACUUCCAGGGGUUCGUCGACUCCAUCACGGAGCUGCUCAAAGUACGAGGGGAGGCGCAGAAACUGAAGAGUCAGGUGACUGAGACCAACAGGCGUCUUCAGGAUGAUGGCAAAGAGCUCAUCAACUCCAUGGAGGAGUUGAAACAGUGUCGAGUACAACAGAGAAACAUUGCCACUACAAUAGACAAACUGACACACUGCCUACCAGUCUUGGAGAUGUACAGCAGACUUCAGGAGCAGAUGAGAGCCAAAAGGUACUACCCUGCACUCCGGACGUUGGAGCAGCUUGAACAGACAUGUCUUCCCAGGGCGGGUCAGUACCGGUUCUGCUCCAUCAUGGCGGAAAACAUCCCCAAAUUGAGGACGCAGAUCCGGGACACGGCCAUGACCCAGCUGAGAGACUUCCUGGAGAGCAUCCGGAAACACUCGGACAAGAUCGGAGAGACCGCCAUCAAACAGGCCCAGCUACAGCGCUCACUGGACAGCUCUAUCUCCAUGCAGCCGAGGGCCCUGAUUGGCCGACGUGGCAGAAAGUUGGUGGCAGCGGCAAUGACAGGGAUGGACAGUGAUGGACAAGGUGGAAGCCCGGUGUCGGAACAGGACUCUGGCAUUCUGGAUGUGGAGGACGAAGACGAAGAUGAUGAGGUCCCAGGAGCUCAGGACUUGGUGGAUUUCUCUCCAGUUUACCGCUGUCUGCAUAUCUACACUGUGCUGGGCUUGCGUGAUGUGUUUGAGAACUACUACAGAAAGCAGAGGAGGAAACAGGCUCGCCUCGUACUGCAGCCCCACUCUAACAUGCAUGAAACCUUGGAGGGAUACAGGCGGUACUUCAAUCAGAUUGUUGGGUUCUUCGUUGUGGAGGACCAUGUUCUUCACACCACGCAGGGUUUGGUCAACAGAGCGUACGUGGAGGAGCUUUGGGAGUUGGCGCUGUCCAAAAUUGUUGCCGCCCUAAGAACACACUCGUCGUACUGUGAUGACCCCAACCUUGUGCUGGAUCUGAAGAACCUCAUUGUCCUGUUCGCUGAUACUCUGCAGGGCUAUGGUUUCCCAGUGUCACAGCUGUUCGACAUGCUGCUGGAGAUGAGGGACCAGUAUGGAGAAAUCCUGCUCAAAAAAUGGAACAUCACCUUCAGGCAGGUGUUGGACCAAGACAACUACAGUCCAAUCCCAGUCUCAACAGAGCAGGAGUACAGACACUACACUUCCCAGUUUCCCCUGCAGGACCCUGAACUGGAAAAGCUUCCCUUCCCCAAGAAGCUCCCCUUCUCCGAGUUUGUGCCAAAAGUCUACUGUCAGCUCAAAGAGUUCAUCUACGCCUGUCUGAAGUACUCUGAAGAUCUGCAUCUCAGCUCCACGGAGGUCGACGAUAUGAUCCGCAAGUCGACAAAUCUGUUGUUGACCAGAACCCUCAGCCACUGUCUGCAGUACGCCAUUAAGAAGAAGAAUGUCGGGCUGGCUGAGUUGGUGCAGGUGAUCAUUAACACCACCCACCUGGAGCAGAGCUGCCACUUCCUCGAGGAGUUCAUAUCAAACAUCACCAAUGUUCCUCCCGACACAGUGAAUGCCACCAAGCUGUAUGGGACCUCCACCUUUAAGGAUGCUCGUCACGCGGCGGAGGCGGAGAUCUACACAAGCCUGAACGCCAAGAUCGACCAGUUCCUCCAGCUGGCUGAUUACGAUUGGCUGGCGGCAGUGCAGGGAGGCGGCACUCUGACUGCGAGCGACUACCUGAUCGACCUGAUCGCUUUUCUGAAGAGCACCUUCAGCGUCUUCACCAACCUGCCUGGAACACCAAUAGAACACGCUACCUUACCGGGUAAAGUGGCCCAGACGGCCUGCAUGUCGGCCUGUAAACACAUCUCCACCUCCCUGAUGCAGCUGCUGCUCGACCCGGAGGUCCGACAGAUCUCCAUGGGAGCCCUGCACCAGCUCAACACCGACGUCAAGGAGUGCGAGAGUUUUGCCAGAGCCGGCCCGGUCGCAGGCUUCCAGGGUGACACGUUGCUUCUGGCCUUCAGUGACUUGAGACAAUUACUGGAACUGUUUACCCAGUGGGAUUGGUCAACCUACCUGGCUGACUACGGCAAACCCACCUGCAAAUACCUGAGAGUCAACCCACACACUGCACUGGCCCUGCUGGAGAAGAUGAGGGAGACGAGCAGGAAGAACAACGUCUUCGCCCAGUUCAGGAAGAUGGACAGAGACCGACAGAAGCUCAUCGACACCGUCAUCAAACAGCUACGCAACCUCAUCGCACAGCACCACACCUAAAGCGAGCCGCCUGAUUGGCCUGCCAAAUCAAACUCAGAUUAAAAUUGAUUUAAAUCCAUCCAACCUGAUGAAAAGCAGAACCCCACAAUCACUGGCGGAUCCAUGCACCUUAACUUAACUCCACUGAACUUCCAAUAACCAGUACAAACUUGCAAUAAGAUCAUUGGAUUACAAGCUUGUGCUUUGAUUGGUUAAUUUAAGACACUGUUUCUGGAUUAAGGAUAAUUUUCAAGACUGGAAUAUCUUUGAUUGCUCAGGCUAAAACAAGAUUUUUUUCAGUUCAUCUGCCUGAAAGCUUGCAAGCAAAUUGCCAAUAAAUAAUCCAGUUGGGUUCUUCCAAAACUUUAACCUUUAAAAAACAAAACGAAUUGGAGGCUGUUGUCAGUCCUGUUUGAAUUCAGGUCCAACUGAUUUGGGUAAACUUAUGGUCUGAAGACGACAAAGAAAAGAAGCUCUUCCUUAUACAAGGGGUGAUAAACUUCCAAACUUAUCAGUCUAAUCAACCCUUGUAUUAUUGGCUCAUCCAAAAUAGCUGAUGCCAACUCUUCCUUCCAGCUUUGUUUAGGACAAGUCUGCUGAUAUUACUAUCAACAAAUCCCACAAAAAGACCAAAACCAUCAAUGAUUUAACUCCAUAAAGAUCUAUAGUUUGUGCAACCAAGCCUGCUGUAGUUUAUUUUGAUUCAGUCCUGCAGCUAGAUUGCAAAAUGCGUAUCCAUCUGCAGCUGAAAAUAGUCCACUAACAAAUGCACUAUUUUCUCCUCUCUGGACAAUGUUUUCUAAAAACAAAAACUUACUUGACUCUUUUUUAAAAGUAUAACUCUAUAUUUGUGACCAGUUUUUACCUGUUUACUUCCACUACUACCAAUGGACACGUUUGAAUACCAGAGAAAGAAUUGACAUUUUUGGUUUUGGUUUUAUUCACUCGGUUUGUUGACAGUAAAAAAAAUAUACAGUAUCACCUACGUUAUACUCAAACUUAAAUUGAGCUUAAUCUUAGAAGCAGUUGGCUUCUGUUGGACUUCUGACCUUUGGAGAACAACUAAGUAGAGCUAGUAAUUGUAUUGUAAAGUUUAAUCACCAGCCAAAACAAUAACCAUUUCAGACCAUGACCAUAGAUGUUAAAAUGCGAAAAAUGUUGCAAGUACAGUGAGGAAAACAUUAUGAACUAAAAUAUUCCUAAACCACAUAUUCUGCUUUUUCAUCCUUCAGAAAUCUUUCAGUUUCUGACCACUUUGUUGCUGUAUUUCAGUUGCUGGAUGCUGUUGAGCCUUGUUGUCAAUGUAUUUGUUAAGUCUACAAAAUGCAAACACAGGUUAAAUUUGGCUAUGAGUUAAGGUAGAUUCAAAGGGGAGAAUCUGUGAGUAUUUAAGCGAGAACUCACAUUUGCAGAGAUUUUAUUCUUUCUACCACAAGCUUCACAUUUCCCUGGCUUAAAAAUCUUAACUGAACUGGCUGGUUAAGCAGUCUGUCCUCAUAAAUAUUUUUCCAGCCUUUAAUGUCUUCCACAUUGCUUUCUCUCACUGUGGCACAAUAACAGCACGUUUUGAAUGUACAUCAGCGAGGGUCGUCAUCUUCAAUAGUCGUGACAUUUUAAUAUCGCAGCCAGACGAGCACUGAACUCAACAUCAAGUCUGGAAAAAAGAAAAAAAAAAAAAGUAGAUACUGCUGGUGAAUAAACAGAAUGUUCCUCCAGUAUUCUUUAUCUUCUGAUAAAGGGGGGUUGUUGACGCAACAUGGCAACCCAGUUCCCUCUUAAUAUACAACCUGGCAAACACUUGAAUGGCUGCUCAGAACUGGCAACCUCGUUCCCCGCAUCCUAACACCCGAAAGCACAGCGGGUGUUUGGGAUUUAAAAAGGGGAUGUUGUCCAAACAUGGCAACCUGUUCCCCGCCCUUUUCCAUCCGAUAUGAAUGGGGGAUGUUGCCCGAGCAUUUUCUACUCAUCAUGUAUAAACAACUGGGUCUUAAAGAGGGGGGAUGAUGCCCCCAAUCUGGCAACCGCUCUGAAGCGUAUACUGUUUUGUCUGUCUGGUUUGACUAGAAAGAGACUAAUUUGUAUAGAAACCAUUGUACUAAUGCCAAGAACACACACUUUCAUGUCUUCCAUAAACAUAUGCCAAGCUGUGUGUGUGUUUAGUUUUGUUUAGUUGAAGCACAGCACGUAAUUACAUUCACACUAGAUUAUUUUUGGAACUAAUAUGGGUCUCUUUUUUUUUGCUCUUUGUGUUGCUUUUAUCUUAAACUUGGGUGCAAUAAUAGCAUUGGAAACUGCAGCAUUUGCAUUUGUGUAUGUGUGUGUGUGUUAAUUAUGGCGCUUUAUAAAGGGAUUCAACCUUAACAAGUGUGUGUCAGAAGGGAAUUUAAGUCUUCCGCUUCCUCUCUGCUCCACAAAAAAAGGAGGAUAUUCACUCAGUCGCCAUGUGGGUUUCUGUGAGUUUGUCUUCACUUGUGCAUGCCGGCACUGUGAAAUCCAGUCUGUGCAUUUGUGCUGAUGUGUAUGUUUGUUUGUUUUUUUUUUUAAAUCCAUCCUUAGAUGUGUAUCACUUUUAGGUGUUAGUAAGGGAACGGGGCCGUCGUUAUUGAAUGUGCCUUUGCUGUAUUUUGUUUUGUUUUCCUGCCAAUAAAGCAGCAACACUGUGGUGUUUGAACUCUGGUGGAGGUCUCUUUGUAACAUUACUUUUUCCGCAACACUAAGUAUGAUGCUAUACUGCUGCUAUUUGAUUUUAUCCAAGUAUUUCUCGCUUUCCCUGUUGACAUAAAACUUUAAAAAAAAAUUUAAAAUACUAGUCGUUCUUUGUUUUCCGAUUUCAUUGUCCUAAAAUGAAAAUUGGGCCUAUAGGUCACUACAUAUUUUUCCCUGAUUGAUAUCACCCCAUCAAUGUUUUCUGCCACUAUGAUCGCCUUAUACUCGUGUCACGUUAAGUAACAGUUUAGUGCCAUCGUCAGUUCAAGCAAAGAAAUCUUUGGCCUUACUUUUCGCAACUAUUAAACUACUAGCAACUACUAAAACACUUGUGUGAACGGAAUGGCUUCUUAAAUUGUUAGGUAGCUUUAUGUACGACAUCUGGAACUUUCUGUAAAAGUUCAUAAAAGUUCACCCAUCUUGGUUUGCCUGGAACACACCAAUCUAUAUUGUUUUGAUCUCUUCUUUCUGAUUCCAACCCCUUGCUCAAGAGCACUGUGGCAGUAAUAAACAAGGCAACAGUCAGUUACUGGUCGAUCCAGGCGUUCAAACUGACAACCCUUCAAUGUCCAGAGUCCUCACGCUGCAGGUGUUGCUGCUGCUUUGUUUUGUAUUUUGUAAGCAGAAAUCUUUAUUGAGACAGAAGCACUGUAAAUGCUGUUGUAUUAAACCACUAAUGAAUUAAACUGAACUAAAGAUACUAAUAAAAUUGCAACAAAUGCCAACAGACAAAUAUGGAAUAAAUGGGAAAAAUGUUGAA